GAAGCUCUUCUGCGCAUGCGUACAGAUGGUGCAGGACAGAAUAUAUAGUAGAAAUGGCUCAGCAGCGUGCCUGGGAGUGCGGUUGUGCAAGAGAAUGGCGGGGGUACGGAGUUUACCUACGCAUAGAACACAACGCCUGGAACAAGACUGAAUACCUAGUGACACAAAGGAUCAAUGGCCACUAUUCCAGUGCCUCUCGCGGCUGUCACACCGUUCUACAAAAACUCCGUCCCACACGAAAACGAGCAGGAUGCGGUAACUACAGUACACUGUAUAUCUGGAACGAAGAACAUCCAUACAGAGCUCCAAAAGCUGCAAACGUCGAUCAUCAAUCAAGCGGUGUAUACGUACGUAUAAACCGACAUCACGUGAGCUUUUCGCACUGCGAAUAUAUAUACGAUAUGCAGGCAAUUUACACUGCCGAGCGCAAUGCGCUUGUGAUGGUAAUAACUACACCCCUUUCU